AUGGAGGACGAGCUUCUUCGCGUCGUCGAGCGGGAGAUACAGGAGAACACCAGGGCCUUGGCUCGCCCCUCCUCCUCCGCCCCGUCGUCGCCGUCAAGUUGCUGCCCGUCAUCGCCGUCAAGAUUGGUGCGGGGGGCAGCCAGGAGGGUUCUUGGCAUCGCCAUGAGCUCCUCCGCCGCCUCCUCGCCCACCCGGAGGUCGCCGGCAAGAAGCCCACGUGGGGAGCAGGCGUCGUCUGACCUCGCCGGCACGUCAGGGUCGGCGCCCGAGGUGCCGGCGGGAAUCAGAAGCGAGGAAGAAGCCAGGCCGGAGCAGCACCAAGCGACCCACACGAGGUCUGGUUACGCUGCGAUGAUGCGAAGCGCAUUGGCGAAGAUCCAGGAGGGCGCCGACGACAGCGAAGGGCAGGCGGCUUUCGCCGAGAUGGAGGACGCGAUGACCGGCCUCAUGGAGCUCACCUAUGGGAAACCGGAGCUCCCGAAUAUGCCGGAGCCGCCUCACGAGUUCGCUACCAAAUGGCCGCGUGAUGAUGCUGACCCGUUGCACAGUGGAGUAAUGGAUGAUCCUGUCAUAUUGGCAUCUGGAUAUUCUGUUGAUCGAUCAUACCAUCAGUGGUCCUGUCCACAGAAGAACAUCUGCCCAGUUACUAAUGAGACCUUGCCCCACUCUUUCAUUGCUUCAAACCACCUCCUUCGUGAUAUGAUUGCUGCAUGGCGCAUCGAUCACUUGACCUGUUCCUCAUCUAGCACUGCUGAUACACUCUCCAUCCCCAUGAUACCUUCAGAGGAACAAAUUCAAGACAUCUUACAAAAAUUAUCAGGGAAUUCAGCUUUGCAGAAACAAGCUUUGCACGAGAUCCAGCGACUCUCCAAAAUCACCAAGGGAGAGCAACCUUGCCUUCAUAAGUGGGUAGGGCUGCUUCCAGAGCUGAUAAAUCUUCGGAGGAAUUGGAAAUCGACAUGGACACAGAAUCUGGAGGAACAGAGGCUCACAAUAAUCCUUAAUUUGUCUGUCCACAGGCCCAACCGGGAGAUACUAGCUGGGUCAAACCAACUACCAGAUGCUCUAAAGAAGAUCGUUGAUAAGCUACAUAAGCUUGGAAAUCCAGUAUCACCUUUGGCAAAGGUAGCUUCUAUAGUUGCCAUCCUGUCAGAAUUUGACAUGUUCAGGAAAGGAAUACUGGGUAAUGGAGGGAUGGGAAUGCUCCGGGAUCUGCUCAAGAUCGAGGAUGUUGUUGUAAGGAAGGAGGCUAUCGCUGCAAUCCGUGGACUCUGCACAGAUCAUGAAGGAAAGACACAUGCUCUAUCUCAUAACAUGGCUGAUGCCCUGCUGGAAUGCCUCAUGGUCACUGAUGAGGUCCUGCUUCUGCUUGAUUGCCUGCCGAAAGAUUCAUGUGUGGUGGAUAAGAUAUGUGGCAAGGCUGUGGAAUUGGUGAAUAUCAUCAUGGUUGAACAGGGAACUGGGCCGGUUACUCCUGAGGCCACUUACUCUGCAAUUUCCUUGGUUCACGCUAUUGUUCAGAGGGACGUGGGUAAGAUGGGGCAGGUGAAGAACCUGGAGGAUUUGAAGGAUCGGUUGCGGGAGCUGUCAUCAGGUAUACUUCCGAUGCAGACAUUGUUACAGGUGGAUAGGAUAAUCAACGUUCUGUCGGAGAUGUUUCCUGCUCCUGCGAGGCAAGUGCAAAACUAG